AUGAGCGGGUUUGACUCGAUGUUACAAAGUGCAGCAUUUUCAGUAGAUGAAAUUUUUGAAAGCGAUUUAACAAAUGAAGAAAAUAGUUUAAUCGUUGAGUUUAUAAAAAAUAUGCAAAAUGAGAGGAAUAUGCUUCCAAGUACAAUAAAUGCAAAUAAUUUAAUAACAACAGAAAGGGCUGGUAGACAUUUAAAUAAGAGCUAUAAUGAAAAGACACAUGAAAUAUUUUCAAUAAUAAACAAAUUUACUACAAAAGAAAGAUUAAAUGGGGAAGAUUUUUUUAAAGAAAAUAAUUUAAUUAAGUGGAAAUCAACAGUUGUCGAAUAUUUAAAUAAUUUAAGAAAUUAUAUUCACAGAAAAUAUAAUCGAAAAAUAAUUGACACAUCAAAAUAUUACUCAUCCAAUUGUUCUGUAUUAUCCGAAUUACAAAAAAAAGAAAAUCUGAUAUCCAUUUUUUCUUACAAACCUUUGUGUGUUCAUUUAUAUAUUUAUGGUAUUAACUAUAAACAAGUCAUUUAUUAUAUAUAUAUAAUAACUAAAUAUAUACAAACAGAACAGGAGAAAAACUUAAUUCUUUUCCUUUGGCUAAUUUAUUUACUUCUUUUAUUAGACUCAUUACAAGCUUUAGAUUCAAAUGUGUCAUCAAAUUUGCAAAUAAUAAAACGAUUCUGUAUAGAACAAAUUGAAAAAGUUGACACAGCCAUAACCACAAGCAUAACUACAACAACUACGGAAGAGACAGAAAAUUACUUAGACUUCUUAAAUAAUUUUAACUGUAAAUUAAGUGUAGUUAAUUUGAAUUUCCCAGUGAUUUGCCCCAAAAGCGUUUUUUACGUUAUUUAUUUCUUAAUUACCUCAGUGUUUAAUCAAAAAUGA